AUGAAACAUAAUACUUACAAUAAUAUUAUGCUGCUGUUCGUUUUUCUUCUAUUCAUUUGCAAAUUUGAGUAUUGUUACUCAAACAAUAAUGGUAGCUGCAUUGAAGUGGAACGAGUUGCUCUUCUCAGGUUCAAGGAGAGCCUAAUCGACAGAUCAAAUCGUCUCUCCUCAUGGGCGGGUCUUGACUGUUGUGCAUGGGAAGGAGUUUCUUGUGGCUCUGUAAUUGGUCAUGUUUGGAAGCUUGACUUACAUAACCCAUACAAUGAUGAUGAUGAUAAGUAUAGCAAGAACUGCUUGCGAGGUGAGAUAAGUGAUUCUCUAAUCAACUUGACAUAUUUGAAUUACCUCGAUUUAAGCUUGAACAAUUUUGCUGAGAUUCAAAUUCCCAAAUUCUUGGGAUCUUUCAAAAACUUGAGGUAUCUUAACCUCUCAGGCUCACGUUUUGUGGGAAAGAUUCCCCCUCAUCUUGGGAAUCUUUCGAAGCUAGAGUAUCUCCACCUUGGAUGGUUACUUAAUGCUCACUGGUAUUCUGUAAAUAAUGAUUUGGAGACAAAUAACUUGGAUUGGUUGGCCAGCCUUUCUUCCCUAAAAGUCCUUGACAUGUCUUUCAUUUCCAUUCAACAACGAAGUGAAAAUUUGUUUGGCACAAUCAAUAAACUUGUAUCUCUCUCUUCUUUAAACUUGCAUGAGUGUCAGCUUAAGAUUACCAAUCCUCCUUCACUUGUUAAUUCCACUUCUCUCAUCUCCCUGGAUCUCGGUGAGAAUACAUGUGAUGCCAUGACCCUUCUAUGGUUAUCUAAUCUCACAAGACUUGAGAAUCUCAAUCUACCUUAUAAUGGCAAUUCAGCUUACCACUUCAAAUCUUCACUGUUAAUUCCAUUUUGUAAGCUCCUCAAUAUGGUUUCCAUGGAUCUCAGUUUUAAUUCUUUUCGAGGUCUGAUUCCCCAUUGUCUCGGAAAUUUGACUUCUAUAACCUCUCUUAACUUAGAACACAAUAGGUUUGAAGGUUCAAUUCCAAAUAGCAUAAGUCGUCUUUGUAGAUUGCAAACUCUAGAUUUAUCUGGUAAUGACCUAAGCGGGUCGUUGACGGAUUCCUUAGGAGCUCCAUCUGAGUGUCUUUCAUAUAGUUUGCAAAUGUUAUCCUUAGAUGACAACCAUUUUACUGGUCAACUACCAAACCAGUUAUACAUGUAUAAAAAUUUAAAAAGCCUUUCUCUCAAUUCAAAUUCCCUCUCUGGUCCCAUAGGAGAUUCACUUGGAAAUUUGUCAAUGUUGUCUGUGCUAUAUAUUUCUAACAACAAGUUCAGUGGUAGCAUUCCCACAAGCCUUGGACAACUUUCAAACCUCCACACUUUAUAUAUAUCCAAUAAUUCCUUCCAGGGCAUUCUCUCUAAAUUACAUUUUUCAGAACUUACCAACCUCAGAGAGUUAAAAAUAUCUAGAAAUUCAUUAUUUCUUGAUGUAAGCUCCAACUGGGUUCCUCCUUUUCAAUUGGAAUACAUUUCAAUGGAUUCAAUCAAAGUUGGCCCUCGCUUUCCACAAUGGCUCCGUACCCAAAUAAAAGUUCAAUCCAUAAUAAUGCCCAAUGCAAGCAUCUCAGAUGCUAUCCCUGAUUGGUUUGGAAAUUUAACCUGGACUUGCAAUAGAAUUGAUCUCUCUAAUAAUAAUAUUAGAGGAGAACUCCCCAUGAGUGUUGCUGAAGGUUACAUGAAUGAAUUGAGCAGCAUAUAUCUUUCAGACAAUCAUUUGACUGGUGAAAUUCCAAAGUGGUUGUGCAAUUUAAAACAUUUAGAGAUCCUUGAUAUUUCUUCAAAUAAGUUGUCUGGAGAAAUACCUUCGUGCUUUGGAAAACUACAAGUGUUGACCUAUUUAGAUUUGGGGAAUAACCAUUUAUUUGGUCACAUUCCAGAUUCAUUAGGAUCUCUAAGUUGCCUCCUCUCUCUGCAUUUGCAGAACAACAAACUUGAAGGGGGAAUCCCUUCAAGCUUGCAAAAUUUAGGAAUCUUGAUCACCUUGGAUUUAAGUGAAAAUGGAUUAAUGGAUGUUAUUCCUCCUUGGAUCGGAGAAAACCUAGCAAGUCUGAGGUUUCUUAAUAUUCAGAAAAAUAAAUUUUUUGGAGAUAUUCCAUUUCAAUUGUGUUAUCUGAAAGAUCUUCAGUUGUUGAACUUGGCAAAUAACAAUAUAUCUGGGCCUAUCCCUUGGUGUUUCAACAACUUCACUGCCAUGGUUAACUAUGGUUAUGGUAACUUUAUAUUCCUUGUUGAUCCCUUUGGUAGAGUUUAUGAGGAAAACAUUUAUGAGGAUAUAAAAGGAUUGGAAUUGGAGUAUACCAGAAACCUUGAAUUUCUUAAAUCCAUUGACCUUUCAGGGAAUCAUAUAACUGGAGAGAUUCCAUUAGAAGUGAUGAGUUUGCAAGCAUUGAAUAAUCUAAAUCUUUCUAGAAAUAAUCUGAGUGGGACUAUCCCUCAGACAAUUGGCAAUCUGAGCAAAAUUGAAUCUCUUGAUUUGUCAAUGAAUGCGUUCUCCGGUCCCAUUCCUCAAAGCUUAUCAUCUUUGAAUUUUUUGAGCUAUCUGAAUCUGUCAUUUAACAAGUUAAAUGGAAGAAUACCAACGGGGCAUCAACUCCAAACCCUCGAUGAUCUAUCCAUUUACAUUGGGAACGAAGGGCUUUGUGGUGUCCCACUUUUGAAGAGUUGCCCUGGUGAUGAUAAACCGUCAUUUGUUAAGCAGCCUAUAGAAACUAAAUUAACCAAUGAUGAUCAUGAGUUUUUGAUGUGGUUCUACGCUGGUUUGGGACCUGGUUUCUUUGUUGGAUUCAUUGGAGUAUUAUGUACUCUAUUGUUCAAGACAUCUUGGCGCUAUGCAUAUUUCAAAUGUCUGGAGAUCACUUUCAACAAAGUGUUAUGUGGCAUUUCAAUUAAACGGAACAGGCGUUGAUGGCAUUGAGGUUUCCUUUGUGAUAAACGAACUUGUUGCUUAUGUGUGUACUUCUGGCAAUAAUAUAUGUUGCAGUAGCAAUAUGAUCGAUGCUUUAGUAUGUAUUUUGUAAUAAUUUGUUUGCCACACAUUGGAUUCUCAAUCUGUUCUCAACAGAUUU